AUGGAAUUUUCAGACGAUUUGAACCAACUGGAGCUUCUAAAUACACAUGGCCAUCUGAUUCCGCAAGGGGCUAGCAGCCUUUGGACAGGAAGUAAGGAUGAAGAAGGAGAAUUGGAGGAUGAAGAUGAGGUUCACAGUGAGGAAUGGUACCUACAUAAAGAAGAAGAUCUCAAAGACAAACCAGCUGAUCUGAUUCUUUGGGCUGCAGAACACAACCGUUUGCCCACUGUCAAGCGAUUGUUAGCUGCAGAAGCUUCGUUGGUACACAGCACAGAUGAGGACGCUUACACCCCCAUUCACCGCGCAGCCUAUAGCGGUCACGUGGACUUGGCAGCUUUCUUGCUGGCUUCCGGCUCAAAAGUGAACCCACGGACCGUCGACGGUUGGACGCCCCUGCACAGCGCCUGCCGCUGGGGACAUGUUGCCACGGCGACAUUGCUCCUGCAUCACGGUGCCGACGUCAACGCGCAGACCAACGGAGGCCUCACACCUCUACACUUAGCGGCAUCGCACAGCACUUCAUCCAAAACAGACUGGCGACACACUUUGGAGCUCCUACUUUCUCAGCGUCACCUAAAGCCUGGACUUCGUAGCAACAGUGGGGAAAGUGCCAGUGAGCUAGCCAGACGGAGUGGACCCUAUCACUUCCUGUUUGAGAUGGUCGAAGAUUGUGCCAGUGUACUUCCCAGCCCAUAA